AUGGACCGCAUCACCGCGCCGAGCGUCACCCAGAAGGUGAAGUCGCCGGGCUCUCCGACGUCAUGGUUGAAGACGGACACCGGGCCCAUGUUCCCAAAAGAUCGGGCGGGCGCCAUCCGUGGUGAGAGGCCGGGUCUACGACCAAGCGGUGCCCUGCACACACGACAAGCUGAAUGGCGUUUUGAAGACUCAAUUGGAUGUGUGGCACUGCCCGAAGACCAACGGGACGCAGCACAUUUUGCACUCGUCCAGUCAUAUCGUGGACACCACCACCAGGCAGAGGAUUGCACGUUGGUACAACAAGUCCUACUUGGUGCAGACGGGGCAGCUGGUGGACAAGCAUGA